AUGAAAAAUCUCUCUCUCUCUCUCUCUCUCUCUCUCUCUCUCGUGCAGACAGAGAGUGAGCAAGCUCCGCCUUCUCUUAUUCAUCUCCUAUCUACCUACCCCAUCUCUUUAAUAUCUUCUCUCUCCUUCUCUUACCUCCUUCUACUUCCUCUCUUAACUCCUUCUACCUGUUUGUAUGUCUGUCUAUCUAUCUCUCUUCCUCUUUUUUUUUUCAUUCCAUUUAUAUUCUUUAUCCAAUUUUCUGCACGCAACCGCGCCCAGGCAGCCCGGUUCACCAAGUUCAUGACUUUAUUCUUUCUUUCUUUCUUUCUUUCUUUCUUAUUUUUUUCUUUCUUCACUCUCUUUCUCUUUUCCUCAGUUUUUAUUUUUUGUUUGCUUCUUUUUUCAGUUCUUUCUUUUUUGUUUCUUCAAUGUCUUUCUUUUCAUCAUUUUCUUUCUUUAUUCCGCUUUCUCUUUUUCAAUUAUUCCAUUCAUCUUUCAUUUUUUUCUUCAGUUAUCAUUGCUUCUCUCCUUUUAUUUUUUUUCAUUUUCUAUUACUAUCUUUCAUUCUUUUUAUCUACAUUUUUCUUUUCCUUUAAUUACCUUCCAUUAAAUUCUCUUACGUCAUUCUCUUUCUUCCCUUCAACCCAUCUUUUAUUUUUUCCCCCUUUAUUCUUUCAUCUUUAUUUCCCACUACUUUUCUUUCUUCUUUCUCUCUCAUUUCACCCUCCACCCAUUCUCUCAUCACCUCUUCGCUCUUCAGUUUAG